UUUGUAUAAAUUGGACGUAUUUUGUUUAGUCAUCUUUUGUUUUGGUGCAAUAUUUCAUCAAAAGUGGUCAAAUCUUACUAAUUGUUCGAGAUUAUUAUAGAAUAAAUAGUUAAUUUCACAUUCCUUUAAUAUUAGUUCGAUAGCAUAUCAGAAGCAACAUGGAAUUUCCUCACUUAGGACAACAUUGCAAUGAGAAAACAUGCAAUAGACUAGAUUUUUUACCCAUGAAAUGUGAUGCUUGCAAUCAAGUUUUUUGUUCCUCGCAUUUUAACUAUGAGCAGCACAGUUGUGCCUCCGGUUUGCGUAAGGAUUACCAAGUGCCGUUAUGCCCAUUGUGUGGUGAUCCAGUACCUACUGCCCCUGGCGUUGAACCUGAUUUGACGGUAGGACAACACAUCGACCAACAGUGUAAAUCGGAUUCUCGGAAAAUUUUCACAAAUCGUUGUUCCUACAAGUCAUGCAAACGAAAAGAAUUAAUACCAGUCAACUGUUCACAAUGCAAGCGCAACUUUUGUUUACGUCAUCGUCACACAGCCGAUCAUGAAUGCCAGUCAUCUGCUGGGAAUAAUAUAAAAACUGAGUCAGAUCAAAAAAGGAGUAUUGUUGCAAAAGCAGCAGAACAAAGACGUACACAAAAGCCACCAAAUACUUUAUUUAAUACUGCUCCCAAACCUACUACUGCUGCCGUAAGAGCUGCUGCAGCACAACGCUUAACGGCAGGCUCAUCACAGUUGCAAACUAUUCAGGGAAACAUAUCAGAGGAUGAGGCCUUAGCUCGUGCUAUUGCUCUGUCCAUAAUGGAAUUAGACGAAACCAACGAUCGCAAUAGACGUAAUGAAACAGCGGCUGCCGCCACAAAUACACAACGACGCAAUAACACUACCGUGCCAGUGGGAGGCCAUGAUCAGCAGCAAAACUCUGGCAAUAACAAAUGCUCUCUAUCGUAGUUUAAAUAGUUUCUAAUUAUUUAGCAAUCAUCAUGUAGUAGAAAAGUUAUUGAGAUUUGCUUGAGCAGCGCUUUAGUGAAACAAGUAGACAUUAUUUUGAAUUUGUACAACUUUAUAUAGAAUUCAAAAUUGAACUGUAGUUAAUUAGAAAAUGUUUGGCAGAGAAUUGUUAAAUCUCUAAUAUAAUAUUUGUUUUAUUUCCCUUACAAAACCAUAUUUGAUUUGUGUAACAUUAUUUAUAUUAUUUGUAUGUUUUAUUGUGUAGUUUAAUAAAAAUAAAGUAUAAUUAUAAGUGAAAUAAA